GUCCCGAACUGAUGAAACGAAAGCUCACGCACGCGCAUAGCCGACCAAAAGGGAUGAAUGAUUGCAAAGUUUAGCUAUGACGUCAUUGUACACGUAAUCAGAUCAAUUAUAAUUAGUUUAGAACUAAUUACAACAAUGAAACCAACAAUAACUUUUACUGACGGCUUUGGUCAAGCACCGAUUCACUGAGCCUACUGCACGUUCAAUCAAGGCCACUAUUCAAGAUGUCAGACAACGUGUUGAAAUAUUUUGGUCUGCAGCCAAUUACCGAUGAAGGAAUCCAAGCGGUCAUCUAUGGACCCACUGUGCCAACCACAGCAACAGAAAGACUACAACAGUGGCUAGCUCUUCUUCCACCGACUAUACGAAAACUGAUUGAUGACGCUGGGAAACAAAAGCGCCCUUUUCUACCGCCGGACGCCACCCCUGAAAUGAUGACAGCUCCAAACGAUAAAAUCUCAUCAAUGAACCAGAUGGAAGUAUUGUAUAGGUGCAUCGACCUGGCCAUAAAAGCGAGAGAUUUCAAGAUGGCCGCCUGUAUUGCCUUUACCGUGGACCGGGCGUCCUAUUGGUCUGGGACGUCCAAACCUCUGCUGCAAGUUGUGGAAUUUAUAAAAGAAAAAUGUCCAGAAGUGUCCAUCGCUCCCCAGAUCCAAGUGAGGAAAGCCCGUUUGUUGAAGGACGAGGGGGAUCUCCAUGGUGCUAUCCAGGUCCUCAACCAAGUCCUCAUUAGACCCAAGGGGAAUCCAGGGGAAUGGAGGUACGCCGACGAGGACCAGUAUGUCACCACAAAGGCAGAGGUUAUCAAGAUUAAGGGCAAUAUAAUGCACAAUCUGGGUAUGAUGAAAGAAGCCGUGGAGCCUCUGUUACAAUCAAUCCAGUUGUUUGCCUCCCUGGGAGAACCGGACGACAAGGGUAUAGCAUCGUGUCUGGGGCUGCUGACAAGAUGUAUUGGGAAGUUGUCACUCAACGACUACGAACAAGUCCGGCAAAGAUUUCCCAAAGACUUUGAGUCCCAUCAUCCCUGCCACCAGUCCUACUUGACCGGCAUUGAAGCUGUCCGCUACAUACAAAAUAUUCACGAGAGUCUGUACCGCUCAAAACAUCAGCUGGAUGCGGAUGUAUCAUUGUUGAAGUAUGCUAUAUUGAGACCAUCUGUCCAAGAGGAAUACAAGUUGUUUCAGACAGUCCUGAAGGAGAUGAAGUCCUGCUUGAGUGCCCACAAGACCAUUUCAGCACUGAGGAGUUUGGAACAGUUCCAUGAGUUUGUUCGCGCUCUAUUCAUGAUAAGCCUUACGUUGUCACUCACUCCGAUUCAGCAGGACCGAGACCUUGCCGAGUACCUGCAGCAACUGAGCAUGGAGUUAUUCCUGCAUCUGUGUAGCCAUCAAGUCGCCGGCCAGGCUGCCCAGCUGGACCAUACAUCAAGGACAGUGAAGAUUAUGAACUUGUCUUUAACAAUCCUUGAUCUACCUGAGCUUGAAGGGAAGGUAGCAGAGAAAGAGAGCAUGGAUAGGCAACAGAAUGGGGAGAAAUCUAAAAGAGAAGAUGGCUCUCAGAAAGGAAAAGAUGGAUUUAAGGGAGGAGUGUCAUCUCAGAAAGGAGGGAUUUCUCAGGAAGGAGGGAGGUCUCAGGGAAGAAUGGGGUCUCAAGGAGGAGGGGCGUCUCUGAAACUGGGAGAAGAUAAGGCCCCGGAACUAGAUGGGGAUAGGUCGCUCACAAAGCGAGGAAUGAACUCUCUAGAAAGACAACAUGGGGGGCAGACAUCUCAGAAGCAUUCCAUCAAAGGAGUCUCCAAAAUGACAAAACCAGAAACUUCAGACCGCAAACCAAAUGAAGCAGAAACUAUUCCCCCUUGUUUGGGAAGAGCAGAAACAGAGCCUUCAAUAGGAUCAUCAUUCAAUACCCACAACCCAGAGGAUACGGAUAUCCUAAGAGCAACAGAUGAAUCUGUUCAGAAAACCAGGCGAAGGAAGGAAACUCCCCUAAAAGCAUGGACCUACAGCUUCCAACAGGAAAGAACAUCCCUCGGCAAUGAAGAGAAGACUCAAGGCUGUUACACCUAUCCCCAGAUGACACCAGGUAGAGUUGGGGAUCUCAAGAAGCAGUGGCAGAUAUAUAAACAUAAAUGUGUAGGUCUUCCUGUGGAUCCAGCCUUUUUCUCCUCCCCGGUGCCAUGUAAAAGUGCCCAGGACCUGGAUGAGGCAUCAUCCUCACCGACGGGCAAAGAUCUCCUCGUGAAUCUAUCAGAACCGUAUGUGAACAAAACCAUAGAAAGCAGAGAAAGUACUGAACAAAGAAAACAGGUAACCAAAGAGAAUAAUUUGGUAGACCAGGAUGCAACAACAAAACCAAGCGAAACAUCUGAAUAUGUUCACAGUAUGUUCCUCCACCCACAUGACAUUCCCAAUCAGCCGAUGAGAAGCGAGGACGAUAGGAAGAAAAGGCAGUUGAAUGAGAAUACUGAUGUUCCUGAGUUACAGCCUCUUGUUGACCUUUCAAGGACAACAUUGACAGAUUCUCUUGUAGAAAUGGAUCUUGGCAAGAGCAUCACAACCGAUGACCCUGCAGAGUAUCUAAGCAACUGGCGUCCACCACUGCCACAGCCGGAAUCUCCCGCGGAUAAGCUUCGAAGAUCAUUCCUGUUGACGUACAACCCCGCCACUGGUGACUGGACAGCACAGAGUACUCUGGUAUAUAUUGGGAAGAAGCUAGAUCUGGCAGAGGGGAAGAGAGGGCACUGUCGAGAUGCCUACCACGUUCAGUUCCUGCACCAAGACGAACCCAGAGGACGAUAUGUGGGCAAACGGUACAGGUCUUCGCGGCAUCACUCUGUAACACGCUACAUGCAGGAUGUGGUAUGUCAGAUGAUGGCUGGCCACUAUGUCCUCAAGUUCAACGAAGCCCUGCAGAACUACAAGCGGGACAUCCAGGUGCAGUUCCUGCCUGCUGCCCACCUGCAGUUGCUGACCCCGGACGGACGUCUCGAGGACUGCAUCAACGUGGAGCCGUACCUCCAUGGUGACUUCAUCAAGCUCACCAACAACCUGGCCUUCUCUAACAAGAGGGAGCAUCGCGGGGAGGAGCUUGCCACGGCCUUGACCCACUUCUCCUUCUGCGAGUCCCAGGGCACACUGAUGAUCGUGGACAUCCAGGGGUGGCUGGGAAGUGAGGACAGUGGCGUCAUCUACCUCACCGACCCACAGUUCCACACAAGCGGCAUGGAGAAAUUUAGUCCUUAUGACCAUCAGGAGAAAGGCAUGGAUAAAUUCUGGUUAGAGGUCCACCCUGUAUGCAAUGACAUGUGUAAGGCUGUUGGCCUGAGUCGACCUGUCAAGUCUAUAUCAGAGUGAGUGAGUGAGUGAGUUGGGUUUAAGGCUCCUUUUAACAGUAUUAUAUACUCACCGCCAAAAGAAAAGCGAAUGUUGGUUAAUAUGUGAAGAAAUACUCAUAUUCAAGAGAUAUAAGAUUGGUUUGAUGCACAAACGAACAUACUUGUAUGUUGUGUGAACCGACGCUCAUGACCGGAUCACAUGUGACGUCAUAGAUCCAUGACGAGAUGAACCGUUUGUCUAGUGCAGCAAUUCGUGAUAAGAAUAUAGACACUCUGUGGUAACACUUGACUGAUAGUUAGCUUCGUCAUCACAUUGGACACAUCUCUUCUUAACGUACAUACUUCUCUAUAUGUUUCUAUGCUUCGCGUUUCUUUUGGCGAUGAGUAUAUCACGGUGUGUGUGCUUAAUGUGCUCGUGCCCCCGUUUACAUCAGAUGUUCAAGUGGCGGUAAUACAUGUUCCAUACUAAUACCUGUACGGACCCUUCAAACACUUUUUGUGUUUAAGUUUAUAUUUAUCAAAUGACCGUUGAGUAUUUUGUUUAGUUUGAGUAACAGUUAAUGACCAGUUCAUGUUUACAGUUUCGACAGUUUCGACAUUCAUGGCUCUGCGACCAUUAUAUAUUCAAUGGACAUAACAUUUUAGCAUUUCUUUAGUGUCGUUUGGGUUACUCCACUGUAAAUCGACAGACAUAUUAUCUCGUGUAACUGACAAAAAUCAGGAAAAAAACCAUUUGCCUAAAACAGAAAAGAAGAAUUUGUCUAACAUCUAUAACAUUGUCACUGCUAUUUAAGUAUAUAGUCACUGAAACUGCAAUGUUGUAUUACUCUUUAUGUCUAUAUAUUUACAUUCGAAUGUCG